AUUGUAAGUGUGAACUAACUUAACUAAGUUGUAUAGUAGAAGUGGUUUGUUGAGUGGAGACAGCAAUCCCGAGGCGAAGAAUGGUCCUCUUCUUGCUUCCUUCUUAUUCACAUCCCAACCCCCAAACUCUUCCAUGCCUCAUCUCCUCUCUCUUUCUCUUCUCUCUCUAGAUUUUUUUCAUAAACUUUUUUUUUUUUUGGUAAUCAGAUUUUUUUCAUAAACUUGUCUUAAAGUUCUCACUCUCCUCAAUCAAAACAAACGCAAAAUGGGUCUCACUUCUCUUCAAGCUUGCAUGGAUUCUGAUUGGCUCCAGGAAGCUGAGUCAUCAGGAGGAAGCAUGUUAGACUCUACAACAACUUCUCCAUCAGCAGCCGACAUACUAGCUGCUUGCAGCACUAGACCACAAGCCUCAGCCAUGGCUGUAGCAGCGGCGGCUAUGAUGGACGGUGGAAGGAGGCUGCGUCCACCUCACGACCAUCCUCAAAAGUGUCCUCGUUGUGAGUCAACACAUACUAAGUUCUGUUACUACAAUAACUAUAGCCUCUCUCAGCCUCGUUACUUCUGCAAAACUUGUCGCCGUUACUGGACCAAAGGCGGCACAUUAAGGAAUAUUCCGGUCGGUGGUGGCUGCCGCAAAAACAAGAAACCCUCUUCCUCAAAUUCACCAUCCUCCAAAAAACCUAACAUUGUUACGAGUGACCUUAUGGCUUUAGCCCAUUCUCACCAAAACUACCAAAAUGCCUCUCUAGGGUUUCAACAUUUUGGUGGGAAUGGGAUGAUGGGGUCUUACACAGCUCCUGAUCAUAGUAACGUUGGUUACUUGGAGAGCAAGUAUGGCGGUUUGCUUUCACAGAGCCCUAGACCUAUUGAUUUCUUGGACAGUAAGUUUGAUCUCAUGGGAGUGAACAAUAACAAUCUGGUCAUGGUUGAUCAUGGAAGUAACGGAGAUCAUCAUCACAAUCUUCACAAUAAUGUUGGUGGUGGUGGUCUCAUGGAUAUCUCUGCAUGCCAGAGACUUAUGCUAUCUAAUUAUGACCAUCAUCAUUACAAUCAUCAUGAAGAUAAUCAAAGGGUAACAUCAAUAAUGGAUGUGAAGCCAAGUCCAAAGCUGUUAUCGCUUGAUUGGCAACAAGAGCAAGGCUACUCGGAAGGUAGCGGCAACGGAGGCGGAGGGAGAUCUGACGGUGGUGGAUACGGUGGUGGCGGUUAUAUCAACGGCUUAGGUUCGUCGUGGAAUGGUUUGAUGAAUGGCUAUGGAUCGUCCACUAAAACAAACUCCCUGGUUUAAUAAAUUACUAUCAGAACUUUUUUUCUUGUCGUCAACAACUAGUAGUAAUAAUAUGUACUAGUAGAGAAGCAACUAAAUUAUAUAUGGGUUUGUUUGAGUAAUCUUGAUUAGAGGAUUCAGAUAUAUUUAUAGUUUUGUGUGUUGGUGUUACUGUGGACGUCCUUGAUGUGUAAUGUUUCUUGAUAUAUAAAUAGCGCUCAUUCUAUUUUUGGUAA